AUGUCGGGCUCGACAGCUGUCGAAUCUCAGAACAUGGGCUCGCCCGCACGACGUAUCCCAGGAUCCAGACUCAGCGGUGCGCUGGCGUCUAGACCACGCCGGUCAGGCGGCCUGCCGAAUCCUAGGCCACUCCCCGACCCCGAACCAGACGAUGAAGAGUUCAAUCCAUUUGCCGGGCGCGUUAUCAAUCGUACGCCGCCGACUGGCGUCAUUCCUGCAAGAGCACCGCCUCCCGAACCAGAGCCCGACGACGAGCCCGAGCUCCCACCAACGCCGACGCAAAGGGGACAGGCUGAUCCUGUGGUCACAACACCUCCCCUGGGCAUCCACGAUACGCCGUCGAAACGGAUACGGCGUACUGCUUCACCGUCUAAGAGCUCGCCACUGAAACAACCGCCUCUCCGCCCACCUGAGAUUACGCAGACAACAAAAGACCCUUUCAAGAAGGCAAUGCAGCGCCCUGUACGGGAGAAGAGUCCGAGCAGGAUGGCGCGGAGGACGCGGUCGACGAAAGGUCCCUCAGGUACGCACGAAGCUCGUGGAAUCUCGGUACCGGACCGGAACUCGGAACUCAAAGAAACACGAGACGCGUUGCAAGCGGAAAUUGCGAAGCUUGAGGCGGACUUAGAAUUUGCGACUGUGGAGAACGAGCGGCUGCGCAAGGCACAAUCCCUCCGAUCAGGUGCUCUGCAGCCUCUAUCAACGUUCCGCCGGGAGCAAUUACUGGACCUGCUGCGACGCCAUCUUGUACGCCCAGAAAAGGAGGUCAAGCCAGAUGCCGCGCAAGAGUGGUUCGACCUGGCAAUGAACCCGACGUCUUGGCUGUCAUUCGGAUCUCUCGGGCAGACUCAGCUUCUCUCUGCCCAGGAACAAGAGGAGGACCUUCCUCCUCCGACGUCACACCAUCCGGUCGCAAUGUCAGCCGCCAAUGAGCUUCCGUAUUUGCAGGCGUUCACCCCGUUCCAGUUCUCAGGGACGACAAACAUGCUGCCAAAAGAAAAUGACUCGGAUCCUCUGCUGCGUAAACACAAUAUUGUCAUCAGAUCAGCCCAUCCUGUGGGGUUGUUCAUGGCCAAGAUAGAGAUGACGGUCGACACGGAAAACCUGCAGAUAACGGAGCUCAGCGUGCCCCGCCUAGACCCCGCGGCCGUCGCCGAAGUCGGCCCCUUUAUCCAAAAGGUUACCCAAGGAGGUUCCAAUACCCAUAUGAAACGAAAUAUCAGUAUUGUCACCUGGGCGAUGGCCGAAUGGUAUCGCAUUGCGAUUGAGCGUGCCAAUGUCUGGCACACUCUGGAGAGGGAGCUAGGCGACAAGGAGAAGCUGGUGCAAAGUGUGGCUAAAAUACGAACGAGACGUAAGAAGCGUAGGAGAAGAGACGACGACGACGACGAAGCAAACAACCAGGAUGCAGAUGGCUCGGCUGCUGAAAACCACCGCACUGAGAAUCUGUCGCGGUCAACAUUACUGCCUCAUCUCGGAAGGACCGCCUAUGAGAUUCCUAUCCCUGAUGCUGUCAAAGAGGAAACAUCGUGUCUAAGAAUACAGUGGAGGAUUGAUUUUGAUUGGGCUGGUGAGGCGCAGAGCAAGGUUGGAUUGAUGAUUGGCAUGCCUGGGAAGUGGCAUCGCGGCGAUGAGCGCGGAUCACUGGCCGCAGCGUCCAAGGUUUUCGAGAGACUUGUUAAAGAUAAUGAGGGACCAAUGACGGCUGUACGAACUGUUGUUGCCUUGAUGGCGGGCGAUGCAUUAUCUUAG